UUUACGUAUUAUACCACCUUUCCACUGGGCUCCACUUUGCGUUGAAAGCAACAAGUAUUGUCAGCUUGGAACAACCGCUUGUCCUUUAUAGCUUUAGACCCCACAAAGAGGAAAAAGGGGGGAGAGGAAAUGCCAAAGCAACAUUAGCUGCUGUUGAGUGGACCGCGGCCGAACUGCGAUGAUCGUGUCCAACGUGAGCCUGAGCGGCUGCGCGGAGGUCAGCAGCGCUCUGUGCGCCGGAGCCGCGGAGGGAGGACAGCUGGGGAGCGGCUCGCACCGGCACACGCUCACCCCGACAGGACACCUGAUCGUGGCCGUUUCCCUGGGCACGAUCGGAGCACUGGGACUGGUGAACAACCUGCUGGUGCUCGUGCUUUUCUGCCGCUACAAGAUGCUGCGCUCCCCCAUCAACCUGCUGCUGAUGAACAUUUCCAUCAGCGACCUGCUGGUGUGCGUAUUGGGCACUCCGUUCAGCUUCGCGGCCAGCACGCAGGGACGGUGGCUCAUUGGAAAAGCGGGGUGCGUUUGGUACGGCUUCGCCAACUCCCUGUUUGGUAUCGUGUCCCUCAUCUCCCUGGCUGUCCUCUCUUAUGAGCGCUACACCACCAUGGUGGUCCCUGCUGAGGCGGACCCCUCCAACUACCGUAAGAUCUGCCUUGGCAUCAUCCUUUCCUGGGUGUACUCCCUCAUCUGGACCAUGCCACCACUCUUAGGUUGGAGUCACUAUGGUCCCGAAGGUCCCGGGACCACAUGCUCUGUAAACUGGAUGGCCAGGACAGCGAAUAACAUCUCAUACAUCAUCUGCCUCUUUGUCUUCUGCCUCAUUAUUCCAUUCCUGGUGAUCGUGUUCUGCUAUGGGAAGCUGCUGUGCGCCAUCAGGCAGGUAAGUCAAUGGGGAAAUGGGGAUGACAUCCAUUAA